AUGUUGUUCCUGUCCGCCUUUACCUUGUUUCAACUUUCCACAGCUUUACCAAGUCUACAGCCACGGGCCUCCCAAUACCUGGUCAUUCUCGAUACUGGUGUAGGGCAUCGCAGCACGCCGAUCCCCAGAUGGCCUACUUCUCUUCGCCGUAUCAAUACUGACGGUACCAACACGGCUAACCUUACACAAUUCGGCAUAGUUGAGUCUGACCCCAACACACUCGAACAGCCGAUACUUGCCGAUGCCCUAACAUACUCGCCGUCAACCUCCUCCCUCUUCUCCGUCACAGGUCGGGGCGUGGUGCGAACCAACAUAGACGGUGGGAACUUAGAAUACAUCUUGGGCAAAGAGAGCGGCUUAUCGAGCCAAAUUGUCAGCAUCACAGCAGCCGAGCAAUCUCAGAAGCUUUACUAUGGCGACUACAACACAGGCCUUAUUUACUCCUCAAACUAUGACGGCAGUAACGUCGCCGUAUUCCGCAACGUAUCUGAAGGCCUCACCUUUAUCUCUGAGGACUACAGCUAUGCCAAUACACAUGCCGGUGGCAUUGUUGUCGACGAAGCACGGGGCUGGCUCUACUGGAGUUCAGUAAGUGACGGUAGCAUCCGGCGCGUCCUUCUCAGCGGCGAGGGGCAGGAACAAGUUCUAGUUACUGGACUCGACAAACCAGGCCAACUGCGCAUCGCAGGUACUUCUUUAUACGUUGCCGAGCGUGGCUCGUGGAGCUCCUCGCCCACAGCUAUCAAGUACCUCGGCCGCACGAUUGACGAGCUUCCUGCAUCCCCAACGUCUCUUAAUCUAGCCGUGCCAACGGGUACUCUCAUCUCGUCUGCACAGUCGUCGCUCUUUACAGAAGUCGAUUACACGGGUGAGAAGCAGACGCUGGGAAUUGAGAGCUUCGUUGUCUAUAGGAAUGGCGUGGAACAGAUUGUGUAUUUUGCUGUCAAUAGUGCGGGCAGGACGUCGUUCGGCAAGAUAGUAGAGACAGUCUGGAGAGGGAGUGGGGAUAGUAGAGGUCCCGUCUUCAAGGUCUUGAGCGCGAAGACAAGCGAGGUUGGAAUCCCCGUUGGAUUAGAACAUAUCUUAUGA